AUGGUUGCUGCUCUUUCUAAUUCUCCGCUGGGUGCUUUGAAUGUUGGUGAUUGUGUAGUCACCGCUUCAAGAAAACAGCAGCAGCACACCCGCUUCAGAUGGAAAGGGAGAGCCAUCUUUUAUAAUCCAGAAGACACUAAUCAAAGGUUUGUCAUGUCUGUAGAAGAUGAAGAAGUUUAUGACAAAGUAAAGAAACGGUUGCACUACGAACUCAUGUCCAUUUCCAGAAAGUUGUCUCAAAUUACUCGACGAAGAAGGCUCAUUAUUCUUCAAGAUAAGAGACGUAGGAGGCGAUCUGUUGUUGAAGGUAAAGGUGGUACUGGUGUUGAAAUGGAGUUUGCCACGCUUUUGGGCAAACGUAGUAGACUAAUGCGCCGCAUUCACUUGCAUAGAAAACGUUUGGGAAGAACCUACUUUCAGACUCAAAGAAAGCUAUGUAUGUUGUAUUUAGGAGGGGAGCUUUUUAUAAUUGUUGAGAUGGAAUUGUAUAAAUGUAUCUAUACUCCAAAUUUUCUUCAUUUAUAUCUAUUAGUUAGACUACUAUGUAUUUGCAUGACUUUGAUUAUUGUAUUGUAA